GUUCGAUUUUCCAGACGUGAAUUCCGAACUAGCUGCAUGCGCAUAUUUAUUGAUAUUAAUUCACAAGCCAAUCCCUCCAUACUAUCUCUGUAAUUGUAUGCACUAGAUUUCCUCAUCAUGCCGGCCACCUUGAAAGAAUUCGAGUCCGUCUUCCCUCAGCUGGUCAAGGAUGUGGAGGCGCAUUGCGAAAAGUACAAGCUGCCCGACCAGGCCUUGACAUGGUUCAGCAAGUCUCUCUACCACAACACUCUCGGCGGGAAAUGCAACCGCGGUCUCUCCGUCAUCGACACCGUCCAGCUCAUCCUCGACCGCCCCCUCAAUGAAGAUGAAUUCUUCAAGACCGCGACACUCGGCUGGAUGAUCGAGCUGCUGCAGGCCUUCUUCCUGGUCAGCGACGACAUCAUGGACAGCAGCAAAACCCGGCGCGGCUCGCCCUGCUGGUACCUGAUGCCCAACGUCGGCAUGAUCGCCAUCAACGACGCCUUCCUGCUCGAGGCCGCCAUCUACAUCCUCCUGAAGAAGUACUUCCGCCAGGAGAAAUACUACAUCGACGUCGUCGAGCUCUUCCAGGAGGUCACCUUCCAGACCGAGCUGGGCCAGACCUGCGACCUGCUCACCGCGCCCGAGGACCACGUCGACCUGGACAACUUCAGCCUGGAGAAAUACACCUUCAUCGUCAUCUACAAGACCGCGUACUACAGCUUCUACCUGCCCGUCGCGCUCGCGCUCUACUUCGCCGGCCUCGCCACCGAGAAGAACCUGAAGCAAGCCGAGGACAUCCUGAUCCCCAUGGGCGAGUACUUCCAGGUCCAGGACGACUACCUAGACAACUUCGCCGACCCGACCGUCCUCGGCAAGAUCGGCACAGACAUCCAGGACAACAAGUGCAGCUGGCUGGUCAACCAAGCCCUCAAGAUCGCGACGCCGGAGCAGCGCCAGGUGCUGGAGCAAAACUACGGACAGAAGGACAAGCAGAAGGAGGCGAAGAUCAAGGAGUUGUACAACGAGCUCAAGCUCGAUGAGGUCUUCGCAAAGUACGAGGCGGAGGUUUUCGAGUCGAUCAAGGGCAAGAUCGCCCAGGUCGACGAGAGCGAGGGAUUGAAGAAGGCGGUCUUUGAGGAGUUUUUGCGCAAGAUCUACAAGCGUAGCAAAUAGAUGGAGGGCAUGUGUAUGUAAAUAGAAGAAUAACUUUCGGCGCAAAUUCGGCCAAUGAAUCAUCUCAGCGAUUUCGACUAGAAAUCACGUGGCGCAACUCGGUGCCAGCUGUUUACGUGGAACUCGACGCCGAGAUGCUCGAAGAUAGUAGGCACGAGCAUGCAUUCCACAAAGAGGCAGGAGGAAGAUCAGCAGUAGCAGCAGCCACAGUCAAAUUCCGAAUCAGGUGCAUUCCAUCUCCAGCUGAGGGCUCCUUUUUUCUGACCAUCACUUGACAAGCGAGCCGACUUCACGUCCACACAGACCAAAGGCGAAGAGCACAAAUAAUAUUGAAAGAAUUACUUUUUAUUUUGCUGGAG